CGUGUUAGAAUCACUUCUGCUAGGUAGAAACGUCGUAAGGUUGGAGCGGUAAACUCUGGGUUUACGACCUUAGGUCUCACUUUCCGGCUAGUACAGAGAUCCCUGAAGACUGGUUGGGUUGGUGAGGCCUGAGGAAUAGACUUUUUACUGAGUUGUUUCUAUGCUGUAAAACUCAGAAUAUUAGAAGAAAAUGAAAAAAAUCCACUUUUUGAAGCGCUGUGAUGUAGGAAACAAAGAAUCCGCAAUGGUAACACAGUAAAAUAACACGGGAUGAUCUGAACUCAAACUGGAGGACCUUGAUUGCAGAAGAAGACUUUUCCCAAAUGACUUUCAGGCCUGUGGAGAACUAAUGUUAAAACCCUGCUUCUGGAAUUUCUGAGAAUCCCUGCUCAAUACAAGAUGGACCCUGUGGUCUUGAGUUAUAUGGACAGUCUAUUGCGGCAAUCAGAUGUCUCACUAUUGGACCCUCCAAGCUGGCUCAACGACCACAUUAUUGGGUUUGCCUUUGAAUACUUUGCCAACAGUCAGUUUCAUGACUGCUCAGACCAUGUCUGCUUCAUCAGCCCUGAAGUCACCCAGUUCAUUAAGUGUACCAGCAGCCCUGCAGAGAUUGCCAUGUUCCUUGAACCACUGGAUCUUCCCCACAAAAGAGUGGUGUUUUUAGCCAUCAAUGAUAAUUCUAACCAGGCAGCCGGAGGUACCCACUGGAGUUUGUUGGUUUAUCUCCAAGAUAAAAAUAGCUUCUUUCAUUAUGAUUCCCAUAGCAGGAGCAACUCAAUCCAUGCAAAGCAGGUAGCAGAGAAACUGAAGGCUUUCUUAGGGAGCAAAGGAGACAAACUGGUCUUUGUGGAAGAGAAAGCCCCGGCUCAACAGAACAGCUAUGACUGUGGGAUGUACGUGAUAUGUAACACCGAGGCCUUGUGUCAGAAUCUCUUUAGACAAAAGACAGAAUCCCCACUGCAGCUACUCACCCCGACAUACAUCACAAAGAAGAGGGGAGAAUGGAAAGAUCUAAUUGCCAGACUUGCUAAAAAAACGAAGUAGCUACUGAAGAAUGCUUAUGAUGUUUGAAGUCUGGUCUUUCUGCCUUUCUCCAUGGUGACAGCCUCAGUGCCUGAGGGAAAAACACUAGCAGUUGAAAGUUUACUAUCCUGCUUCUUUAUUGUUCGGAAAGAAUGUCAUCCUCUGUGUUCUCUGAAUGGGAAGUUUCACUGUAGCCCUGGGGAGAAUAGUACAUUCUGUGAAAAUGUCUUGAACUUAUGUACCAAAACCUUAAAAAAAAAAAAAAAAAAAAAAACUCACUACACAGUUUCAAGUAAGAGUCUUCUUUUCUUGUUGGUAUAAAACUAUUAUCCCUUUUGGUCUCCCUUCCUUGUUGGCUUUAUUCCAAAGAAGAAGUGACGUUCCAAAGCAAACCAAUAACAUAUGAGGUCUAAAGACAGGCAUGAAGAAAACAGCAGAAAAACCAACAUCUUUAUAGCCUUCGAUUUAUAAAAAUAAGGCAUUCUCUGGUGCAAAGGCCUUCCUAUCUGCAAAUACUUAAUAAAGAUGACUUUAGCUCAUCUUUAUCUAUUUCCUGGAAUACUUUUAAGAACAGGGAACUUCAUUAAAAUAAACGGCUGUGGGCUGGGAACAUAACUUUGAGGAAGAGCACCUGCUGUGGUGUGCAGGAAGCCUUGAACUCAAUUCCAAUUUGCUGUAAAUUAAAACAAAACAAAACCACCUGCUGGCGUGUGGCGCAUCUCAUGCUUCCCUCAGUGAGUGGGUGACUCAACUCUUAAGUGAUAAUGACUUUGCUUUUUCUUGUCAAUUACAUGUAUUUAGUCCCUCCCUUUACCUAACAUGCUUUUGGUUCUCAAGCUCACAGUUGAUAACUAACCAAGAUUAGCUGUUAUUUCAGAUAUGUUUGGACUUUUGGUAGUGAUAGCUUUUACACUAAUCUAGUAGAAUUGUUUUCAGUUAUGUUGUAGUACUCUCCAUACUAUUAAUGACCUAAAACAUAGAAGCCGUUUAUUUUUUAAAUAUAA